AUGGGAGGUGGCCGUGGAAUGAGUUGUGGGGGAGUCUCUUUCGGGACCAGCGCCCCUCCCGCGGGCUUUGGUGCUGCCGCCGCCGCUACCGACGCUGUCGCUCCUGCUCCUGCUGGUUUUUCCAGUCCUUCUUCUGGUCCUCCUCCUCCUCCUCCUCCUCCUCCUCCUCCCCCUUCUCCCGGUGCUCCUGGAGCCAGACGUCCAGUCCAGGCUGAUAUGGAGGAGGAAGAUGCCGCCGUCACUGCCACUGCCGAAUAUGAACCUGAUUGUGAAGAAGAUGAAGAUUCUGUUGGUGAGGGCGAGGACAACGACGCCAUUGUCGCCUCGAGCACCACCAUCUUCUGCCCUACGCCUACCAGCUUUAUUUGGAAUGGAGCUCCUGUCGCGGUGACGGCUCCGACUGUUCUUACCCUCCCGUGCACCACCGAUGCUGCGGGUGCUACUGCCGCCCCCUUCCAUCCCCCUCCCGCUCGUCCUCCCCACGGUCCUCACGGCCCUUGGUCCGCCUGGGGUUCCGCCGCCCCGGCCCCGAACUCGUUCUCUACGGCUUGCGACUCGUUCGUCACCCAGACUGCCGUCGCCACGGCUACCACUACAGAGAUGGUUAUCCCUGUUACUCAUGCCGAGCCAACCUGGACCAAGGCUCCUGCUCAACCUAGUGUUGUGAUGGCUGGUGCCGCACGUGGUUACCCUGCCGCUGCCGCUGUGUUGGCGGUGGUUCUUGGUAUGGUUGGAGUUUUUUGUUUUUGA